AAGAGGAGCCGAAGCCAUCGGGGCCGUUCGGUUUAACUCGGGCGAAUUUAUUCCGACAGACCCGCGCCGUAGUCCGCAAAAAUAUAUACUGCGUUCACCGCACAAACAUUUACAAGAGUGAAACGGCGCUUUCAUUCAUUCGAAGGUUUUUGCAAACACCUAGAAGACGAAACGGUGAUGCAAAUCCAGAUUAGAUAACCCGGUAUUUGAUGGGUUGUAGCUGAGACGAUACCAGCAAACACUUUCAGCGUUAUAGGUGUGCUUAAUUAAUUCGUCCCAAGCUUUUUUUUUUUUCUAUUUACCUUGCGCAAGGACGAUUUCAUCGAUUUGCUCCAACGUGGGAUGCUCAAAAAAGACUUGAUUGAAGAAGCAGCUGAAAAAAAAAUUAGGGGUUAGGCCAAACUUAAGGUGGGGGAACGGACAAUCCUCCAACAUUUUGAGUAGUCCCAACGGGGUUGACUUACUCGCAAUUUAAAGACACUUAAUUCAAGGAAAAGUAAAGGAGUACGGAGUCGUCCACAUGAGCGCCGCAAGAACAGAGAACCCAAUUAUUUUGGGCUUGUCCAACCAGAAUGGACAGAUGCGGGGCUCGGUGAAGCCUGCCGGGGGCCCUGGAGGAGGAGGAGGUGGUGGAAGUCAGCAUCAACCAAGCCAGAUUAAGACCUCCUGCACAAUCAACAAUGGCAGCUCCCAGCCCACCACAACAGCCAACACGGUCAUCAAGCCCGGAGAUGAUUGGAAGAAAAAUUUGAAGCUUCCUCCAAAAGACACGAGGAUGAGAACUUCUGAUGUUACAGCAACUAAAGGCAAUGAGUUUGAAGACUACUGCCUGAAGAGGGAGCUUCUCAUGGGCAUCUUCGAGAUGGGCUGGGAGAAACCGUCUCCCAUCCAGGAGGAGAGCAUCCCCAUUGCACUAUCAGGACGGGACAUCUUGGCCCGAGCCAAGAACGGCACAGGAAAGAGCGGGGCCUACCUCAUCCCAUUACUGGAACGCAUCGACCUGAAGAGGGACUGCAUACAAGCGGUGGGCAUCGUGCCGACCAGAGAACUGGCACUGCAGGUGAGCCAGAUCUGCAUCCAGGUCGGCAAACACAUGGGCGGGGUGAAGGUCAUGGCAACGACGGGUGGCACUAACCUCCGCGAUGACAUCAUGAGGCUUGACGAAACAGUGCACGUGAUCAUCGCGACCCCUGGGAGAAUCUUGGACUUAAUCAAGAAAGGAGUGGCCAAGGUCAACCAAGUGCAGAUGGUCGUUCUGGAUGAGGCUGACAAGUUGCUGUCUCAGGACUUCAUGGCGAUGAUGGAGGAGAUGCUGAGCUUCUUGCCCAAACAGAGGCAGAUCCUGCUCUAUUCAGCCACCUUCCCUCUCAGCGUUCAGAAGUUCAUGAAUGCUUACUUGCAGAAGCCUUAUGAGAUCAACCUGAUGGAGGAGCUGACCCUGAAGGGAGUCACCCAGUACUACGCCUACGUGACCGAGCGGCAGAAGGUCCACUGCCUCAACACGUUGUUCUCACGGCUCCAAAUUAACCAGUCCAUCAUCUUCUGCAACUCCUCUCAGCGAGUCGAGCUCCUUGCCAAGAAGAUCUCCCAGCUGGGCUACUCGUGCUUCUACAUCCACGCCAAGAUGAGACAGGAGCACAGGAACCGCGUCUUCCACGACUUCAGGAACGGACUCUGCCGGAACCUCGUCUGCACUGACCUCUUCACGAGAGGCAUCGACAUUCAGGCGGUGAACGUCGUCAUCAACUUUGACUUCCCCAAGCUGGGCGAGACCUACCUUCACCGCAUCGGCAGAUCAGGUCGUUUCGGACACCUCGGUCUGGCCAUCAACCUGAUUACGUACGACGACCGCUUCAAUCUGAAGGGCAUCGAGGAGCAGCUCGGGACGGAGAUCAAGCCCAUCCCGGGCAUCAUCGACAAGAGCCUCUACGUGGCGGAGUACCACAGUGAGGGCGGGGAGGAGGGCAAGCUGUGAGCAGAUCCAUCUUCAACCCCUUAACACCCCUCCCGUCCCACAAACCCCCCACCUUCCCGCGUCCCUUUCCAAGCUAUCUCGGCCAUCUUUCCCUUUAUAUUUCCUUCCCCGUUCCUUUUUUAAAUGUACAGCUUGCGUCUGUCUUUAUUUGCUGUGGUGCCACCAUGAGGCUUGUGUACGCUGGAUGUGACGAGUAUAAACCGUUCCUUUCUGCUGCAGAACACUGACAAUAUGAGCGCUGGGAGAGGGGAGGAAAGCACUGGGGGAACCCAGUGGGGAAAAGAACAACAAAACUCUAGACGCACAUCUAAUAACACAAUCCAUAGCCACUAGCGCCCACAGACCCUCACCCAACCAACCGACUGCUACGCCCCCUACCUUCCAUCCGCCGCUCUGCAGUCUUGCGUUCCCUCUUUCAUAUGACUUGGAAGAGAUUUUAAGGAUUUGUAUCAAGUGCCUUACCAAGCAGUAACUUGUUCAGAAGUAAUAACCCAACCGUCCUGCAUCCUGUCUGCCCCCUUCCGACACUUCCUUCCGCUCACAAACCUCAAGUUCGCCUACGGGGAGAAAAUCAACCCCACCCCCCACACCACUUCUAUAGUGACUCCACGACAGCGUAUCACCCCCCCCCCCCCCCCCCCCUCCCAAAUCAUCUUCCUGGUGACUGAGGCAGAAACUAUCCACUCAGGGGUCCGCAUCACCUCCGAAGGCUUGGUGGCGGUGCAGGCGUCUGGCGGCCAGAGGAACACUAACAUGGAAUAUCUUCGUUUACGGAGAUGCAGUCGUUCCAUUAAUAAGAAGAGAUAUCCUAAGCGGCUGCCAGGUGCUGUCCUGUAGCAUCAAGGAGAAGGUGUGCUCAUGGAGAAACAACAGGCUCUGGUCCAUACCUCCUCUCGUCCUCGCGACGCAACACUAAGACUUGAUGAGCACCCUGCGAACGUCGGAGCGUGGAUUCCUGUCUCCCGUUAUUGGUUCCCCCCCCCACACUUCUCUCCCCCCCUCCCCCCAACCCACCCUGAACUCAGAGCUGUGCCACUGACUUGAGGCACUCCCAUGAAGCCUUGUAUAUACCUUAUUUCAUUUUAAAAAGAUUGUUUUUAAGCAAGUUUCAAAGGCUGGCUGACGAGAGGUUUUGUUUUUGUUUAACCUGUUGAUUUAGACCUCGGCGAUUGCGACUCUCCCAGUAACCUCCCUUGGUCCCAAACAUUGGCCCCUUUAUUUAUCCUUUUAGACAUGGCACACUUCAUUAGUGACUUCAACCUAAUUUUUAUCUUGUGCAUGAACCGUUUUGAAAUAAGGUACAAUUUCAAACUGACCUGUAGGCCAUCUGAAUCUGGUGGCAAAGUGCAAUGUUUAAAACAGAAAAAAAUAAGAGCUGCACUUUUAUUUUCCUUAAGUAACGGCCCUUCAUGACCUUUGUGUUGCCAGUGUUAACGGAGUUAACAUUGUAGACGGACGGUGCUGAUAAGCUUAUGUGCGUAACGAUAACCUGUUUGUUUGUUUGGUCACCAGCCUUUGCUUGUUAAACUUGACAUAUAUAGCGCACGCCAGACGGCGCGAGCGUCGGUUCCUCCUGACAGAAUAUCGUGCCGUGUUGUAGGACUACUUGCUGCAGUGCAGCAGAGCCUGAUCAUUUCUGUUUAGUAUUCGGGCAGUUAUAAGCUGUUACCUUGAUCUCUGGUACAUUAUGUUUGGGAGAAAAUAAUGCUCCCGUUUUCAAGAAUGUUUUAGUGUACCACAAAAAAAGCAACGCAUCGAACCCAAGUUGUAGCAGGAAUUCAGCCUCCGUGCUGAGGGUCUCCUAAAGUGAGCCAUUUCGGCAGAGGAUGCUGCACAAACUAAUGGGUUCGGGGUGGGAUGGAGCAGGCGGGCCACACCAGAGUACACGUCUGUGGGUUCAGGCAACCCACUGACAAGACGCCACUGCUUCUUGUUUAACGGUAUAAAGAGGUGUGUGUUGUGUGGGGUGGGCGUACUGGGCAGGAAGGAGCACCAAAUUUAUCUUUGAGACACUAUUCCGGCUUCUUCUCCUUCUGCCCAGUCCUGGGUAUCGUAGCUCGUGUAUUACACAUUAAAAGUCUGCAUUUAUUUUGUUUUCCAAUUGGAACCUUUUCAGAAUACCAAUUAGGCUCCCUUUCCAACAGAGUUGGUGAGUUGCUCUUUUUAUUUAUUUUCUGGGUUCUAAUCGAUGAGAAGUAAUUGCACACCUAAUUUAUUGAACCCCUUGAGAGCGUCACCAGGUUUCUCAGGGUGGCCUGUUAUCCAACGCUUCUCAAUGGUUAGAGCCGGAUCCCUGUUCCCUCUCUUUACCAGUCUCCCAAGUGUCAACAUUUCCUAUUUGGCAGUUUUUGUUUGUUUUAUUUUGUUGGGGGGGAGGGGGGGGCGCUAUGUAAUUUGUUAAGUUUUAAAAUGUAUGAAAUGUUUGACUGGACGAGGGAGCGGGGAGCCAACACCAGACGCUUGGCAGCUGUCUGUUUAUUAGACCAUUGGUGUUAUCAGCAACUGAAUGCCUUGACCUUGUUUUUAAACUAAUCCCUUGGGUCUUAGUUUAGUGUACUAGGUUUUGGUUGGAUGUUGCUUUACGUCCAAUGGUUGACAGGGAGGGGCUUUGAUGCAUCUUAAAGACUGAGACGAGAGCAUCUCGCCUUUCAUUGGCUGACCACAUUUGAAUAGUUUUUGUGCAAUACAACGGUCUCAUUCUUUAAGAUGUACAUUUAAAUUUAAGGGUGGGUCAAAUUCGGCUGCUGCCCUGAUGCAGGUUUCAACACUUAAAAUGUAGAACACAAUAAAAGGUGAAGAUUGACUCACUAGUCCAGUAGAGGUGAAGGCUCCUUUUCGGUUAGUUUGUUUGAUUCCUGCAUCAGUAAAACCACGCAGGGAGGGGCCCUUCGGGCAUUUUGAACCAGAAAACGCAAUAGAGACAAAAAUGAAGUUCUCAAGUUCUCAAAACAUGUUUCACAAAAUAUCUGCCCUUGAAUUUGGAGGAAUUUUGUUUCAAAUAAUGGCGUUUCAUUGGAAAUACCUUGCUACAAAAAGGAAACCAAAUUUAAGCGUUUUGUUUUCUUCUUCGGAAUUCGCACUUUAGUUAAUUGGCAAUUCUUCAGUGGAGCGAAUUUUACUAAUGACCUGUGUUCAAAAUAAGUUAUGGUUAUUGAAAGUCAUUAAACGUUUAUGUUGACAUAAUAAAGCUCACUGAACUUAAA